AUGAGUGGGGCGCCGAGUACAGGACGGAUUGCCGCGAGUCUUGUGGCUGCGGUGGGCUUCAUGACUGGCGCCGGGUGGGUCAUCAUGUCGGCCACGUCGCCGACGACCAACGAGGUGCUAAAGGAGAUGCAGAGCGGCGGAAGGGACGUCGAUGUGGCGGGCAUCCUCUUGCUCGACUCACUGCUGGGCUCGGCUCGCGCCGCCAAGGAGGCCGAGAUCGAGGCUCGCGCUGCUGCUGAUGCCGGCCGCGAGUGA